UGAAGAUGCCCAUCGACUAGUCAGAAAUUAAGGGGGAGCUUUGGAGUUGCACGGAUUCGCGAUCUUGAAAAUCUUCUUACACAUUUCUUUUUAUCUGCAGGGGUUCCUGUUUCUCGCAAGGAAACAAUCCAAACAAUAACUGACUCGAGGAACUUUUUUUCUUCGGAUGUGAGAGGACUGCGAUUCAUCGCAAGCGAAGACGCUGUAAUCAAUGGACGAUCGAAGCACUGAAGUUUGCCAAACAUGUUUGUGUUAGGGGCGUUUUAAAAGAAUCCACCCGGAGAAAAAAAAGGACGUUAUCUCGCUUUACAUCCGAUCAACUCAAAUCCGUUUCAUCGUACGGAAGUUUUGUUCCCGCUUUCCCUCUGCUCUGUAACCUGGCACGUACGCUCUCUUCCCUGGCCAAGUUUGGGGAAAAUAUGCGCGAGUUUGUUAGCUAAACUUCUACGGUUGCGACCAAAGCGAGUGUCGCAGCUCCCACUCAUUACGACUGGAUAUUUUCCUUUUUUGGGGGAACUUUUUCUCCCUCCAAUCUCAGCUCCAGAGUGUUCUUAUCAGACCAACGCUGGCUAACUGCCAGUAAGUUCAUAUCUGCAAAUGACCUGCUGCUGAUGCCCCAAAGUUCUGAAUGGAGUUCCAGUCGCAGAAAAGGCAACAAUUGUAGCUCCCUCAACAGGAUGCUGAUGAGGCCAAGUGUACUUCUGUUUCUGGCUUUCUUUGCCCAGGUUUUAAGGACACAUUGCCGCCCUGCCAUUCCUGAUGAAGUCGCCUUGGAAACACAAGCAGAGCUUUUCACCCUCUAUCUUGGGGAUCGGCUGGACCUUAGUUGCUUCACCAAGGACUCCCUGCAUGCUGUCAACUGGACCAAAGACCAUGUCGUCGUAGUGAAUGGAGAACACACGCGCAUACGCAAUGGCCAGCUGGAGAUUGAGACGGUGGAGCUGGCAGACUCUGGCCUGUACGCAUGCAUGACCUUUGGCAACCACAGUGUCUUUUUCAACGUCACAGUUGACACCCUGGCCUCGUCUGAGGACGAUGAUGAGGAUGAAGAAUCUUCCUCGGAGGAAGCGAAAUUAUUAGGCAGCCAAAAACUACUUCCAAUGGCUCCACAGUGGGCUCAUCCAGAAAAAAUGGAGAAAAAGCUCCAUGCUGUCCCUGCCAGCAAGACUGUCAAGUUCCGCUGUCAGGCCAGUGGCAACCCAACACCCACACUGAAAUGGUACAAGAAUGGAAAAGAGUUCAAAAGAGACCAUCGAAUUGGAGGUUUUAAGGUUCGCGACCAUGUUUGGACCAUCAUCAUGGAAUCUGUAGUGCCCUCUGACAAGGGAAACUAUACCUGUGUGGUGGAAAACCAGCAUGGGAGCAUCAAUCAUACCUACCAGCUGGAUGUUGUCGAACGCUCCCCACACAGGCCCAUCCUGCAGGCUGGCCUGCCUGCUAAUCGCACUGCAGUGGUGGGCAGCGAUGUGGAAUUUGAGUGCAAGGUUUUUAGCGACCCUCAGCCUCACAUCCAGUGGUUAAAGCACAUCGAGGUCAACGGGAGUCGCGUUGGUGCAGACGGCUUGCCGUAUGUUCGUAUCCUCAAGCAUUCUGGGGUUAAUAGUUCGGACGCUCAGUUGCUGACCCUCUCCAAUGUGACUGAGGAGGACAGUGGAGAAUAUAUAUGUAAAGUGUCCAAUUAUAUAGGGGAGGCCAAUCAGUCGGCCUGGCUGACUGUCACCAGAUUUGAGCCCACAGCCGUCCCACACUAUCCUCCUGCCAACCACACUUAUCUGGAGGUGGUCAUCUACUGUGUGGGCUUCUUCUUCAUCGCAGUCAUGGUUGCCAUCGUAAUUAUUGUCAAGAUUCGCAACUCCUCCAAGAAGAGUGACUUCAACAGUCAGCUGGCUGUGCACAAGCUGGCUAAAAGCAUCCCUCUGCGCAGACAGGUAACAGUGUCGGUAGACUCAAGUUCCUCCAUCCACUCUGGUGUGAUGUUGGUUCGACCUUCUCGCCUGUCCUCCAGCGGCUCUCCAAUGUUGUCAGGGGUGUCUGAGUAUGAACUGCCACAAGAUCCCCGCUGGGAGCUUCCUCGAGAUCGACUUGUUCUUGGGAAGCCCCUGGGCGAAGGCUGCUUCGGUCAGGUGGUGAUGGGAGAGGCACUGGGUCUUGACAAAGAAAAGCCAAAUCGUGUGACAAAGGUUGCAGUGAAAAUGUUGAAGUCUGAUGCCACAGAGAAAGACCUGUCAGACCUGAUUUCAGAGAUGGAAAUGAUGAAGAUCAUCGGGAAACACAAGAACAUCAUAAAUCUGCUGGGAGCCUGCACACAGGAUGGUCCUUUGUAUGUGAUCGUGGAGUAUGCAUCCAAGGGCAAUUUGAGGGAGUUUUUGCAUGCACGGCGCCCUCCAGGCAUGGAGUACUGUUACAACCCAGACCAAGUUCCUGUCGAGAACAUGUCCAUCAAAGACCUGGUGUCCUGUGCCUAUCAAGUGGCCCGAGGCAUGGAGUACCUGGCUUCCAAAAAGUGCAUCCACAGAGACCUUGCCGCUCGUAAUGUUUUGGUAACUGAAGACAGUGUGAUGAAAAUAGCUGAUUUUGGCCUGGCAAGAGACAUCCACCACAUUGAUUACUACAAAAAGACCACCAAUGGUCGUUUACCAGUCAAGUGGAUGGCUCCUGAAGCGCUAUUUGAUCGAAUAUACACCCACCAGAGUGAUGUCUGGUCAUUUGGCGUUCUGCUUUGGGAAAUCUUUACCCUGGGAGGCUCUCCAUACCCUGGCGUCCCUGUGGAAGAACUGUUUAAGCUGCUGAAGGAAGGUCACCGCAUGGACAAACCCUCCACAUGCACUCAUGAGCUGUACAUGAUGAUGAGGGACUGCUGGCAUGCUGUGCCCUCCCAGAGGCCCACAUUCAAGCAGCUUGUCGAGGAUUUGGACCGCUGUCUGGCCAUGACGUCCAACCAGGAGUAUUUAGAGCUGUCGGUGCCCUUGGAUCAAUACACCACCAACUACCCCGAUACCCGCAGCUCCACUUGCUCUUCUGGCGAGGACUCCGUCUUCUCUCACGAUGCCGGUGCUGAGGAGCCCUGCCUCCCGAAGCUCCCUCCCCAUUCCAACGGCGCGGCCAUCAAGAAACGCUGAUACCUCAUCACAAACGCAGAGUAACAUUGACAUUUCCUCCGCUCCCUGCCUCAUGGGGUUGUGGAUUCUUCCUCUACAUUCCCAGAGAUGAAGCUAAGAACUGUCGCUGCUCUUGAGGCACGAGCUGAUUCACACAUCAGAGAACCUGUUGGAUCUCAAGGACUGCAGAGCGCAGCCAUUUCCCGAUUCUUGGUGGAACGAUGUUUACGGGGCACUUUCUAUUAUCAGGAGUGGAAGUUUGUCAUGGCGUUGGAAGUGGCUCCCUCACUCCCACGCAGGACAGGACACUCAA